UGCGUCGAUGUGUCAUAAUCAGCCAGAACACUCAAAACAACAAAAUGGCUAAAGUUUGUCUGCUGGUUUUUAUUCUUGGUUUUCAACUGGGGAUACAUGGACUGAGUGCUGAGAUCACAGAAGAAACCACAGAGACCGUGUUUGUCUCUCAGCAGACGGCACACGUGGUGCUAAAACGACAACGAAGAUACAACAGCGGUCGCCUGGAGGAAUUCUUACACAAGGACAACCUGGAGCGAGAAUGUAUAGAGGAGCAAUGCAACAUGGAGGAGGCCAGGGAGUGGUUUGAAGAUAAUGAGAAAACUAUGAAAUUCUGGACUGCCUACACUGAUGGGGACCAGUGUGAGCCAAAACCCUGCCAGAAUGGAGGAGUUUGUCAGGAUGGAGUAAGCUCGUAUACCUGUUGGUGCAAACCAAACUUUAGCGGCAAAAACUGCGAGAUUGACAUGACCAGACAGUGUUCUGUCAACAAUGGUGGGUGCUCACAUUUCUGCACAAUGCAAGGACUACGAGCUGUUUGUGAGUGUGCAGCGGGUUACCAACUUGGAACUGACACAAAAAGCUGUGAACCAACAGAGCUGUUCAGUUGUGGUAUCGUGAGCCUGUCCUCUGGCUCUACUGUCAGAUCUAUCAGGUCGACACAAUCAUCAAACCCACCAAGCUCCGUUAAAAUACCACACUACUCCACCGACACCCGAGAGGAUUACAACUAUGAUUACUAUGAAGAAUCAGAGGAUUACCUCAACCCUACAAUGAACACGUCCGACCCAUUCAAUAACUCAUCAGAUUCUGUAUUAAAUGUAAGAUCAAUGGGGUUGGAUACGAGGUCCUCAUUAAACCCAGCUAAGGCUGUCAACAUUAGUGCUGCACAAAAUGACACCAAACGUCCCACACAGACGUCUUCAUGGGGUUAUUCCAUGCUCCCCACCAUCACAGCUAAAGAGAACUUGGACCAGAGAAUUGUCGGAGGACAUGAAGCCACACCUGGAGAAAUACCUUGGCAGGUGGGCCUGAUGGCUUUUUUACCCAGCCGUAACAAAACACUGCCAGUCUGUGGAGGCUCUCUGCUUAAUGAAUUUUGGGUAAUCACUGCAGCCCACUGUCUGGUGGAGGCCAGAAAGGGUGGGUACACCAUCUUCAUCAGAGCUGGUGAACAUGAUGUGAAUGUGGUCGAGGCUACAGAGAGCAACCAUGAUGUGGCAGAGGAGCACAUCCAUCACUUAUAUGAAGUUCAUAACUCCAAGUUUAAUCAUGAUAUUGCCCUGCUGAAGCUUGCAACUCCUGUGGAAUUGUCCAAUGAGAGACGUCCCAUCUGUCUGGGCCCAAAAGCCUUCAUACAGAACCUACUUAGAGAUUCCAGCAACUCCUUGGUGAGUGGCUGGGGACGGAUGAGGGUUCUUGGGCGCGAAGCCGACAAGCUUCAGAAGAUAUCGAUCCCACUUGUGGACCGUACGCUGUGCAAACAGAGAAGCCAGGAACACAUCACCCGCUUUAUGUUCUGUGCCGGCUUUGCAGAUGGAUCGACUGAUUCGUGCCAGGGGGACAGCGGCGGGCCGCAUGCAACAAACUACAAAGGCACUUGGUUCCUCACUGGCAUCGUCAGCUGGGGAGAAGGUUGUGCCCAGAGGGGAAAAUACGGCGUGUAUACCCGAGUUUCACGUUACUACAACUGGAUUGUACAGACAACAAGGAUCUUAGAGACCAACUCACAAUUGUAGUUUAAUUACUGGAAAUGUUUUACAUCAGUGGUCCCCAUCCUCCAGGUCAAGGACUGCUAUUGGUUCUUGGGUCUUUCAGCACUGGGCCAGAGAGAAAGAAUAAAUCGUUUGUUUAAUUUUC